CAUCAUCUGGCAACACUGAAAGAAAGAAAGCAUUUGGGGCUUGGCGAGUUGGAAUUGAGAUAUUGAAAAUAACAAAAACAUUACUGAAAAUACACUAAACCCCUUGUAAAAAUGUCGACGCCUCCAAGAGAGACCAUUCAGAAACAAAUCCAACAGGACUGGGCGAACAGGGAGUACAUAGAAGUGAUUACUGGCAGUAUUAAGAAAAUCACAGAUUUCCUCAACUCAUUCGAUAUGUCCUGCCGCUCACGUCUUGCUACCCUGAACGAGAAGCUAACCUCUUUGGAAAGGAAGAUUGAUUAUUUGGAGGCUUGUGUAACUAAAGGUGAAACCCUGACAUAGUCUGAAUACCAUAAGUAAACAAUAUUUAGAUUUAUGUUUAAGUUAAAAUUCCAUGAGAUUUGUAUGGUUUCCAUUUUUAUAAUUACUCUAUGCUUGUUUCAUAUUGUAGAUUAGAAUAAUUCAUAGUUGAUAAUGUAAUAUUUAAGUAUACAAAAUUAGUAUAUCAUAUUGAUGUUAGUAGAAGAUCUUGAAGUUGCUUAUUUAUUGUAAUUAUUGUGUAUUUCUAAUUAUUACAAUGUAAUUGAGCGCAAAACGGCACUGCCCCUCUUAGCAGUUCAGUCAAUACAUUAUUUUAUAGUAUUAUGUGACUGCUUGUAAUAUUAUAUCUAUCUGAAAAUAUAUACUGUAGAAAAAUCAAA